GUGCGACACCGUAUCUGGCUCGGGGACUGUUUUCCGGUUGCUCCCAUUCACAGCCAUUGGGUUGCCGUAGCAACGGAUCCUGCCAGUCCUGUAGAAAGACAUGGCGGCCGCCUCCUCCUCCAGCAGCGAGAGUAAUGAAGCCAACUCCAAAUGGCUGGAUGCCCAUUACGACCCUAUGGCCAAUCUCUACACCUUCUCCUCGUGCAUUGCCCUGGCUGACCUGCAUGGCGAUGGAGAGUACAAGCUGGUGGUGGGUGACCUGGGCAUGGCUGGGCACACCAUGAGGCUGAAAGUGUACCGGGGCACGGGGCUGGCCAGUGAGAGCACCUUGUUGGACCUGCCGUCUGCUGUCUCCACCUUCCUGAUGGACCAGAAUGAGCCACGCACGCCUGCUGUGGCCGUGGCCUCCGGCCCAUUCGUCUAUGUCUACAAGAACCUGCGGCCCUACUUCAAAUUCACCCUGCCCCCCCUGGAUGCCAACCCCCUGGAGCAGGAUGUCUGGGAGCAGGCCAAAGAGGACAUGAUCGACCCCCUGACUCUGAAGGAAAUGCUGGAGGGGAUCCGGGAGAAGGCGGAGAUCCCCCUGUCAGUACGAUCGCUGAGGUUCCUGGCCCAAGAUGUACCAGAGAUGGAGAAUUUUGUGAACCUACAUAAGGGGCAACCGAUCAAGCGCCAGACUGUCAUCACCUGCAUGAGCACGCUGAAGAAGAACAUGGCGGAUGAGGAUGCGGUCAGCUGCCUGGUGAUCGGGACGGAGAGUGCCGAUGUCCUCAUCCUGGACCCUGAGGCCUUCACUAUCCUGGCCAAGAUGACGUUGCCGAGCGUGCCAGCCUUCCUGGAUGUGAUGGGGCAGUUCGAUGUGGAGUACCGGGUCACGGUGGCCUGCCGGGACGGGAGCAUCUACAUCCUGCGCAGGGAGUCCAAGCGGCCCAAGUACUGCAUCGAGCUGAGUGCCCAGCCCGUGGGGCUGGUGCGGGUACACAAGAAUAUCGUGGCCGGCUGCUCUGAUGAAACCCUGCAGGGCUAUACACAGAAGGGGAAGAAGCUGUGGACAGUCUAUCUGCCAGCCCCACUGAUGACCAUGAGCCUCCUAGACCAGAAAUCACGCGGCUUCCAGGCCGUGAUGGUAGGCCUGGCCAACCAGGUGGUGCACAUGUACCGGGACAAAAACCUUGUGGACGUCAUCCGCACCCAGGAUGUGGUCACCAGCAUUUGUUUUGGCCGUUAUGGGCGUGAGGACAACACCCUGAUCAUGACGACUAAAGGUGGGGGGCUGAUCAUUAAGAUCCUGAAGCGCACGGCCGUGUUUGAGGAGAAGGACACGUCGCUGGGGCCUCCCGUGGCCCAGAGCAUCCGACUCAGCGUGCCCAAGAAGACCAGGCUGUACGUGGACCAGACGCUGCGGGAGCGCGAGAAUGCCGUGGCCAUGCACCGCGUGUUCCAGAUGGACCUGUACCGGCUGCGGCUCAUGGCAGCCCGGGCCUAUGUCAAGGCGCUGGAGUCCAGCCUGGCGCCCAUCACAUCCACGCUGCAGGAGCCCCUUAAGAUGAAUGCAGUGGUCCAGGGCAUCGGCCCCACCUUCAAACUGACCCUCCACAUUCAGAACACAUCAGCUGGGCGCCCCUCCAUCAACCUGCUGGUGAGCUUCCUCUACGACCAGAGCCUCUAUGCCAUGAAGAGAGCCUUCUUCAAGGCCCCCAUGCUGGUCCCGGGACUGAACUACCCCAUUGAAACCUUUGUGGAGUGUCUGAGCGACAAGGGGAUCUCGGACGUCAUCAAGGUGUUUGUACUGCGGGAGGGCCAGAGCAUGCCCUUGCUGACUGCCCAUAUCAACAUGCCAGUGAGUGAGGGCCUGGCUGCUGCCUGAACCAUAGAGACCAGAGCUGCAAUAGAUCCCAUAGGAGCCCUCACUGGAUCAGAGCCAGGACUGGGAGCCGAGGCCCCCUGCUGUGCAGUGAACCACCAGCUGCCCCCAGGGUGCACACUGCUGACGUGGGACCAUGUAGAGGGGGGUGUCAGGGCUGCCGUCCCCACCCCCACCCUGGGGUGCAGACCCAGCUGCGUUGUCUGGGAUCAGGCCAGCUCCUUCCAUGAGAGGGGGUGGGGGGAGGACUUAUGCUUAGGUUGGUAUCAAGAGCUGCUGGGGGAAGGGGUGUUUCUCCCCCAUCCAUGGCCCUGUGGGCAGCAGCUGGAAUCCCCCUUAGCUAUGAUUGUAGCAUCCCAAUAAAGCCAGCACCGUUACUGUACCGAG